AGUAACUAUUACCUAUCAAUCAGUCUGUCUUUUGUUGUCACUUUCAUCUUGUCUACGCGAAGCAGUCUCCGACUUACCAAGAUAUCAAAGUUUAGAGAGAAGACCAAACAGAACAAAAAGAGAGAGAGAGAGAGAGAGAUGAGGCUGUUCGAUCCCUGGCCAGUGUUCUUCAAGAGAGAAUGGAAACGUUGUUGGCCGUUUCUCACUGGAUUCGCCGUUACCGGCGUCCUCAUCACCAAGCUCACCGCUGGACUCACCGAGGAAGACGCCAAGAACUCCAAGUUUGUCCAACAACACAGGCGGUGAUCUACUGAUGUGAGUUGUAGAAGCGAGUAGGCUAAGCGUUCUUAUGGAAACUACCCUCUUGAACAAUGCAAAUUCUACUUUGUUGAUCCGAUUUUUUCCCUAUAUGUUUGAAAUGGAUUUCUUCCUCUCUUUUUGUUCCCCCAAUAAGAAUAUAUGGUUAAGUAAGCC